AUGUCAAAAAGACCGGCAGAAGAAACAGUGGGGGCUCUGGAGGCUCAACGGCAAAGUACGGGCCCGCAAACUCCAAAGCGUGCGCGCCUUGAGGAGGUUAUUGACCAAGAGUUUGUGGAGAAAGGCUCGUCGAGGAAUGGUAUGAUCUUGGAAGCUUCGCGGCCGAGGGCACCGGCCCCCACCACCGAUAUGGACGAAGAUGGGGAUUACGAGGACGAUGUGGCGGUUGGUCAGCUCGGGGUCGGGAAAGCGCAAGAGGGACCUUCAGAGGGGUUCUCGGACCUGUAUUUGGACACUAUUAAUCGGUUACUAAUUAAAGUAGACUUUGAAAAGCUGUGCUCAGUAUCUCUCUCCAACAUCAACGUCUAUGCUUGUUUAGUUUGCGGGAAAUAUUUUCAAGGUCGCGGUCGUUCGUCACACGCCUAUACACAUUCCUUGGACCAGGACCAUCACGUUUUCAUCAAUAUUGCCAGUUUGAAAGUAUAUGUUUUACCCGAGAGCUACGAGGUCCAGAAUAAGACGUUAGAGGACAUCAAGUAUGUUGUAAACCCAACAUAUACCAAGGUGGACGUAACGAAGCUCGACAAGGAACCAUUGGUGCGGUGGGAUCUAGGAGGGAAGAAGUAUAUUCCCGGUUUUGUGGGUUUGAAUAACAUCAAACAGAAUGAUUACAUGAACGUUGUAGUGCAUGCUCUUGCACAUGUAGCUCCUCUUAAGAACUAUUUCAUGCUAGAGGAUUUAUCGUCAAGGCCCGAACUAGCCCAACGAUUCUCCAUCUUGGUCAGAAAGAUCUGGAACCCCCGCGCUUUCAAAUCCCAUGUUUCCCCCCACGAGCUUCUUCAGGAAAUUUCUCUCCGUUCUUCCAAAAGAUUCACCCUAACCAUCCAAUCUGACCCAGUGGACUUUCUCUCUUGGUUCAUAAAUAAUCUUCACCUUUCACUCGGUGGCUCGAAAACGAAGCCCGGGACUAGUAUUAUACAAAAGGUUUUCCAAGGAAGGCUAAAAGUCGAAUCACAGACCAUUACUGCUAGAGCGGAUGCCUCCGAUCGAUUACGAUUUGAGGAGGCGGCUGAGAUUAAGAUGGAUAUUGUAAGGUUUAUGAUGCUAACAUUGGAUCUACCGCCAAAGCCGAUCUUCAAGGAUGAGCAGGACAAGAAUAUCAUUCCUCAGGUCCCCUUAACAACCAUCCUGUCAAAGUACGACGGCCUACACUCCCAGGAGCUCCUCGGACAGCGUAAACGCUACCGCCUCCUCUCCCCCCUCCCCCCAUUCUUAAUAUUCCACAUCAAACGUUUUAGCAAGAAUAAAUUUGUAGAAGAGCGCAAUCCUACUAUCGUCACAUUCCCCACAAGAUCACUAGACAUGUCACCCUACGUCGAACCUUCAGAGGGCGGUUCCUCGACAGAGCCAAUCUGGUACGAUCUAGUCGCCAACAUCACACAUGAGAGUGUCACCACAACAUCAGGGAAGAAAGAGGGCGAUAUCAGGAGUGUCUAUAAGGUGCAGUUGGUGAAUAAGGCUAGCGGAGAGUGGUUCCAGAUUCAAGACUUGUUUGUAGAAGAGGUUGCUAGAGAGCUGUUGUUUACGAGUGAGUCGUAUGUUCAGAUUUGGCAGCUAAGGAAGGAGCCGAAGGGGAAGGGGACGGAAAUUUAGUAGCUUGGUGAAUACGCUUGGUGGUUUGUUAAGAGCUCUUUGGGAAAUGUUCAUCGCCCCUGGCGGUGAAAGCUGUUCGUCGAACAAUAGUUAUAACCUACUGUAUCGUAUGGAGUCGAGUUGAAGCUAUGGCGUCCACGGCGCAGUACGCCCGGGGGUAGGUCAAACUAUGACCGUGCGAAGGUAUAAAACUCACAGUAGCGGUGUAGAAGACAGUACUGUAUGAACACAUACAAAUAUCUGAUA